UCGGCGAUGAGGUAGUGGUGGGCAAACUAUCGAUUGCACUAUCGAUUCAUGCAAUGGCUACUUAUGUUUUGGGUUUGUUUCAUCGCCUGUGCAAGCUGCUCUACUACCGGGUGAGGCCAGUCUUCAUAUUCGAUGGAUGUACGCCUCAACUGAAAAGGGAUACGAUUGCGCGUCGUCAGCAGCAGCGCAAUAAACUUAGCAACGAAGCAGACCGCAUACAGGCUCUUCUCCUGCAGUCCCUGGCCAGGGAGAAGGUUGUGCAACAGGCGCUGGGCAAGAAUGCUGAGCUUUUGUUGAAAUCACCGGUGAAACGACCGCCGCCCAGCAAGUCCAAAAACGAUGAGGAUGAUCUAUUUAAGCUGCCAGAAUUGCCGGCUUUGGCCGCUGGGCAGGAUAACCCAGAUGAAAGCGGCCAGGAUUUGGACUACACCAGUGCCAGUGCCACUUCGGAUAGCUCAUUUGAUGAGUCCACCGCUCGACAUGCGUACAAUUCGAGUCUGCAGGCCAUCGAUGUCAAGAGUCAGAACUUUAAGAACCUUCCCGCCGACGUUCGUCACGAGAAACUCACCGACAUCAAGGAGACGCGCAAACAGUCUUCGUGGGGGCGCCUGCAUGAGUUACCCGCCCGCAGCGAUGACUUCUGCUCCUUCCAGAUGAAGCGUCUGCUGAAGCGACGCGCCGUCCAGGAGAGCCUGGAGCAGGCGGAACAGGAAAUGGGCGGACACACGCUUACCUAUUCCGAGCUGUGUGACUUUUUCAGCGAGGAGGGUAUUGUAACGCCCACGGCCAUAGAGCAGAGCACGCGGCAAAUCAUGCAAAUAUGCUCGGAUGAGCAUACGCGAUUCCUGCUGGUCAGGGAUCUCAAGAAGAAGGCAUUGGAGAGCACCAAAACCGAGAUGAAAAUGGAGACAAUUGAGGAGCUGCCAGAGACAAAGCCGCCAGUUGAUGAGGAGAAGCCAUCUACAUCCAGCAAGGCGGAGACUGUUGAAAUGGGCACUGAAUACGAUGCGGACUUGGCGCAGGCCUUGGCCCUCUCACUGGAAGAGAGCACCACAAAAGUGUAUGACGAGAAGGACUACGACUAUGACUCGGAUCAGGAGUUGCGGCUCAAUCGCGCUCAAAGCAAACAGUUGCGACACGCAGCCAAGGGUCCGGCCAGGGCAUACAUGAUUGAAUAUGGCGGCAUGAACGAUGAGGAGGUGGGCAACAUAAUGGAGUCCACUCAAUUGAAUGAUACGCAAAGCCUCGAACACUUACUAGGCACAACUGUAGUCCCCGUCGAUAUAGCAAACGAUUCAGUGGAGGAGGCCAAGCAACUCUCAAAGGCCAUUGAAGAGAGCAAGAAGACUCUCCUAGAGGAUAAGGUACAGAUAAUAGACACGGAUACGGACUCUGAUUUGGAGGAAGUUGUGGAAACCAAGGCAUCGGCUGGUCUAGAAAUUCGUUUGGACAUCACUAAUAAUCUAAAACCCACCAACGAUCUAUUUGCGGAUAUAUUCGAAGAGGACUCUGGCAAGGAAAAAGCGGCAGAUGAAAGCGAAGAUGAUGAAGAUUUCAUAGAAGUACCAGAGAGUGAGGAAUUGAAGAUCAUUGAAGAUUCACAGGAGAAACCAAUCACAGAUGAAACUAGUCCAGGAACUGAAAUAAUCGAAGUAAAAGAAAGCCAAGAAGAAAUGAAAUGGCUCAAUCUGCUCGAUGUCGUCGCUCAUUUCGAUCUUGUUGAUGCCGGCAAAGAGGUUGUCAUCCAGUUCCUCUUUGUUUUGGGUGAUGGAUAUCGUUCGGGGCUUUAAACACUCAAUGGGGGGUGGGAAGGGAGCUGGAGCAAGAGCAGAAGGAGCUGGAAGAGCAGCAGCAGAAGGUGA